UCGGCCUGGGGAAAUCCAUGUCAUGGACGAGUCUUUUGUUCAAGGAUCUGAUGAUGACACUGAUUAUUUGUCGAAUCGAGUAUCACUAUCGACUCAUGGAUCUGGAGUUUUCGUCAGGAUGUUUAAGUGCGGAACAUGGUGUUCUGCACGUCCUGUGGGACCCCCAUCCGUCCCCAUGUCAAGUUUUGCGGCAACUGUGGCACCAAGACAGACGCUGGAGGGGAGGCAGGUGAUGUGUUCUCAUCAGGAAUGUCCUCAGGAGGCCGAGGUGGAACUUCCACUGGAAUACCAACGGACAUGUUCGCAGUACCUGGCACGAGUAUGCAAGGUACAGGAUUGAACCAUCUGUCAGCAAAGAGAAGCACAAUGAACCUACAACAGGCUUGUCAGAGUCUAUUCAAGCCGAACAGCCAAGUACCGGUACCUGGAGCUGGUAAACCCAACUACACCUACAAGCCAGUACACAAGAAGAAACAACCAAAGAUCGAUUUAAGCAAACGAUGGCUUGCGAAAACUUACAUGCUGCCAACAUCCGCCACACAUCCAGACGUCACUGCCGAGCAUCGCUUCAUCGAAUUCUUACCGCAAGAAAAUCCUCUUCGACAGAUUUACAAUGAGUUCUCAGGCUCAAGUUCUUCCUUGAAGUUGAAGCCAUUCAGAGAGUGGCAGUUUGGGAGGAGAGAGGGCAAAGGCUACGCAAAUGACCUUGUCAUGAUUCCUGCAAAUGACCUCGACUUCGUGACUUUCAAGCAGUUUUAUAAGGGGAAGACAGAGGUCUACUGUCUUGGUGCAGAAGAUGAAGUGGAUGAUGAUGAUGAUGAUGAUGACCUGAAGGGCUCUGAAGAUGAGCUUCCUGACCCAAAUGGCAGUAGAUACAGCAUCAAGAACCUAUCAGCUUCUACAGACCAUGCAUGGACAAAAGAUCAGCCUGAGCAUGAACGUCGUGAAUCUGACAACCAGUCUGUCACUGCUAUAAGCGAUGACGAUGAGUACAACACUGAAGAACUUCAAUCACCGCCUCAUCAGGUGAAAACGCGCAGCUACAAAAGGAAAAAGGACCAGCCUCCACCCAAAGGUGCAGGACAGAAAGACGGGAAGUUGCCAAAAUCAAGCAAGUCCACACGAGCAGCAAAAGAGCCAGAGCACCUGACGAAAGACGACACUGUUGCUGUUGAUGAACUCAUGGAAAGCUUGUCAAAAUUUGUUGGCCUAACGACCCUCAAGGCCGAGCUGGAGACAUUCGCCAAGUCUAUAUACAUGAAGCGGCUGUGCGGUCGCCAGGUGGGGCAGCAGGGGCUCCACAUGAUGUUCAUUGGGAACCCAGGCACUGGGAAAACAACAGUGGCAACAGCUGUGACAGGAUUCCUUCACAAGCUACAGGUCAUUUCCAAGCCUGUGCCAACAAUCGUACAGAGGGGGGACCUCGUGUCCAAAUACAUCGGGCAAACAACAGAGGUCACCCGGAACAAGAUUGACCAGAGCCGGGGUGGCGUAAUGGUGGUAGAUGAAGCGUACCGACUAGCACAGGCAGACACCAGCUCCUCCAAGGAUGUUGGCAAAGAAGCCUUGGAGGAGCUGAUGAGUGUGAUGGAGGAUGGUGACCCCAUCAUGAUAUUUGCAGGCUACCCGGAGGAGAUGGCUUCAUUCCUGGAAGUCAAUCCAGGGAUGAAGUCCCGGGUAGCCUACAGAUUCCACUUCCAUGACUUCAGUGUUGGGGAGCUGGCUGAGAUCAUGAGGUUUGAAAUCGCCAACAUGGGACUGAGGCUGUCCCCCAAGGCAGACCAGGACCUACCCGAAACAAUCAAAAAGACAACCACAAAAAAACAGCGUUCGGAGAUGAAUGGCAGAUUGGCCAGACAGGCAGUCGUGGGGGCAGAGAAGAACAUGUAUGCUCGCUGCUACCCCAAUGAUGUUGAUGGGUGUAAAACUAUCACUCAGGAAGAUCUGGAUGAAUCCCUCCGGACCUUCCUGAGUGGUAGAUAGAUCACCCUCACAUCAUUGGGGGAGCAGCAGAUACAUCUCUGCUCCCAUGAGUGCGUCAUUCCCAAAAUCACAUUCCACUUUAUAUUUUAGGGUUUUUUUUGCUGGUCACACUCCCCAACAUUGAAGUCAUGUUUUUAACGUGCUGAUCUACACAGGGUAGAAAAUAUCGU